AUGGUUGGUAGUACGCCUACAAUUAUCGAUCUGAAGACCGCCUUCCUCCGCUCCCAGAUCAUCCUCCUCUCACAACCCCUUCGCCCCUCGCCCACAUUCACAGCUUCCAACAGCUCCGCCGAAGAGAACGCACUCCGCCAAAAAGCCAUCGACGACGCGCUCCUCAAGCUGAACCACCAGCUCAAGCAGCACAACAAGCUGGCGUACGGGCCGCAGGCACAGAGACAUGUUGCCGAGCAAGUUGACAUGCUGUAUUGGAAUGCGGGGGAGAGAGGGGUGAAGGUUGGUGAGGACUGGGCGGAGAGGGGCGCCGAUUACCGCGAGGAAUCUGUCAUCGAGCAGCUACCGGAGGCAUGGGGCGAGGAGGCAUCCACCAAAGCCCCCGAGCAAGCUGCCAAGUACGCGGAGCUACAACAGCGAUUGACCGCUCUGAAUGAGCAGCGAAGGGUCGCCCGGGAGAGAGUGGAGAGGUAUCGGAGGAUGAGGGACUUGGUUGGUUUGCUCGGGGAAGAUGCGGGUGUGCAGGAGAAUCUAGUGACGCGGAAUGGAGCGGUGGAGGUCGAACUGGAGAAGAUGCGACGGUUGAUGUUACGGGUCGAGAGAGGAGUCGGGGCGCUGGAGGAAAGGGGUGAAGGGGCAGAGAUGGAUCUGGACGGGGAAGACGAGGAGGGAAAAAUUCUGGCGUUGCUGGGGGGCUGA